UCCGGCCCGUGUCUAUAGAACAGGGAGCCUCCAGCAGAGAAUCUCCGACUGUGUUGAUGUUUUCCUCUGCAAGGUGACUUGUAAAUUUGGAGGUGAGGAGCAUUUGAAAAGUGCCUGUCUGCAAACCUGGAUCCUGGGAGAGCAGACUAGGUUGCUGAGGCUCCUGUCAUUGACAAAACCAGGGCCCCCAGGGCCAGCUCUGGGCUCCCCACUCCUUUUCCUCCACGCCUGCUUCCCAGGCUGGGGACAGGAUGGGCACUGGGGGAGAGCCCCAGUUCCGAGUUGUGGACUCUCCUCCUCUUUGGGGGUGCUGGGGACAAUUACACUAGUGACCUGUUUGGGGGUCUCUUCCCCUUGUUCUACCCUGCAGAGGUGCCUUCCCCCAAGGAGCCACCACUCAUGCUUGGAGACACAUGCCUGGACUUUUUGAGUCAAAAGUGACCAGGGCAGGCUGGAGGCUGGGGCAGACCCGGGUUGCCCUGGGACUCAAAAAGCACACCGGCUGCCCCCUAGCCAAGACCAGCAUCCGGGUUCUUCCCCAAGACCGGCUCCUUCCCUACUACUUCCAGCCCCCGGAGAGAAUGAACAUCCCCUCAAGGACUCAGACUCACCCCACGGAGCCUGGCCCAUACCCCAGCCUCAGCCUGUGGCCGCCGCACAUCCCCUCGCUCACCGACCUGCGGGUCCUCAGAGCGCCCCUCCGUCACCCCCUGCAGGGCGCUGACCUUGCGCUCGCUCCCCUCUCUGGCGAAGGACACGCUUGCUGGCGUCAGCCCGGCUGGACUGGGAAGUCCGACGGAGGACCCAAACUGGAAGCCUCCACACCAGGCAGCACAGACCACCCAAAGGUUGCUUGACCCACCCAAAGCCAAAAGUACGUGGGGGAUAUGGGUCCAGGUUGGGGUGCUUGGGAGAGGGCCCUGGGAGAGGGGUUCAGACGGUACACGCUCCAAAGCACUGAGAUGGCGCCACUGUGUUACUGUUUUAUUGAGUGUCUAAGCUGAAGACAGCUUUGAAAGAGCACUCCUGGCUUCUAUCUGGGCAAACCAGCCUGAAGAGUCCACUGCUGGGUCCCUCCCUGCAGGCCCCGAGGGAGGCCCCUGUCAUGGGGCAGGUGCAGGGACUCCAAUCCAUGUGCCUCCACCUCCAGUGCUCCCCAAGUCCUGGAGCCUCCCCCGUCACCCC